AUGGGAGAGAUUCAUGAAAACAAAAUGCAUAAAUUGACCAUAGCUGGUGGUCAUAAAGAUAGGUUUUUCAUUGCUAACUAAUAUGGAGAAUCGAUCAUAAUUAAAUAGACAAACUUAAACGAAAUGGUAGCUUAUGAAAAAAUAUUUAACUCAAAAUCUAGUGACCCUAGAUUUAGGGAAAACCAAGUUUUGAAGAAUUUCCUGCCCAAAUACUAUGGUGUCUAGGAAUUAGAAGCACCUUCUAUUUAUUAAGAUGAUAGCCUUAGUAAGGAUAAUAUACCCAUCUUGCUCGAGAACUUAUUAGCAGACAAGCCUAAUGCUAGUAUUCUAGACCUUAAAAUGGGUACAUCGAGUUUGUCUUUGAAGAAAAGAGCUAAGCAUGAUGUAGAAAGAAUAAAGUUAAAGGAUUCAAUGACGACUACUAAAACACUUGGUUUUAGAGUGACUGGCUACAUAAUUAAGGAUUCAAAUGGUAAUACUCUAGAAAAAGUAGUAAAGCCUCACGGAAAGAUUAAAGCUGAGUAAAUACCGAUUAUACUCUAAAAACUUUUAAGCUUUUAAAAUGAUCAAAAUGGAAUUAACAGUGAGGCUAUUGAAUAUUUGAAGUCAUAGAUCAGUAAGAUGAUCAAAUAUUUCUAGAAUAUACAUUCUAGAUAAAUGCAAUGUUCAAGUCUUUUUAUCAUUAUUGAUAAUCUAAAUAGGAAGUAUGACAUCAAAAUUGUGGACUUAAGUUCAUGCCAAGAUUUUAAAAGUUUAGAAGAGCGAGAUACUGGAUUUAUAUUUGGAUUAACUAAUCUUUUGGCUAUACUUUAAACACUUUGA